CAAAGCAGCAGAAUAAUCACAGGCAAGUAGCAGCUUGUUGAAGUGCUUUUAGAUUGAAUUGGAGCAAUGGAGAAUCCAUCAUCAAACAAAGGGACCAUCAACAACCCAGCAGACAUCUGCGUCAUUGUUGGAUAUUUUGUCAUGGUUAUUGGCGUUGGCAUUUGGUCCAUGUUUCGGUCAAACCGUGAGACCGUUGGAGGAUACUUCUUGGCCGGGCGCACCAUGAGCUGGGGGCCGGUUGGUGCAUCUUUAUUUGCAAGCAACAUCGGCAGUGGACACUUUGUGGGCUUGGCUGGAACUGCAGCAGCUAGUGGCAUCGCUGUCGGAGGGUUCGAGUGGAUUGCGCUGUUCAUUGUGCUGCUGCUCGGCUGGUUGUUUGUACCCGUCUACCUCACAGCUGGGGUGAUCACGAUGCCCCAGUACCUGAAGAAGAGGUUUGGGGGAACCAGGAUCAGCCUCUAUCUCUCCGUUAUCUCUCUGUUCCUCUACAUUUUCACCAAGAUCUCAGUGGAUAUGUUUGCAGGAGCCGUGUUCAUCCAGCAGGCGUUGGGGUGGAACAUCUACGUGGCCGUCAUCAGCCUUUUGUGUAUAACAGCCUUGUACACUGUCACUGGUGGCCUGGCUGCUCUGAUGUACACUGACACAGUUCAGACUUUUGUCAUCAUAGCCGGAGCCUUCAUCCUCUCCGGCUUCUCUUUUGUUGAAGUAGGAGGCUACAGCGCUCUGCUGGACAAAUACAGCGCUGCAAAGCCAAGCAACGUGUCCUCCAUAGAUCCUCAGAGCUACAGCAUACCGCCCCACUGCUACACACCAAGACAGGACGCCUUCAGCCUGCUGAGGGACCCCAUCGCAGGGGACCUGCCCUGGCCGGGAGUGUUGUUUGGGAUUUCCAUAGUGGGAAGUUGGUACUGGUGUACAGACCAGGUGAUUGUUCAGCGGUGCCUCGCAGCUCGAAGUCUGACCCACGUCAAGGCCGGCUGCAUCAUGUGUGGCUACCUCAAACUGCUGCCAAUGUUCCUCAUGGUGUUCCCCGGCAUGGUCAGCAGAGUCCUCUACCCAGAUGAGGUGGGCUGUGUUGUCCCCGAGAUCUGCAAACAGGUGUGCGGCACUGCGGUGGGCUGCUCCAACAUUGCUUAUCCUAAGCUGGUGGUGUCAAUCAUGCCAAACGGUUUGCGAGGUCUGAUGCUGGCAGUGAUGCUGGCCGCUCUCAUGUCCUCUCUGGCCUCCAUCUUUAACAGCAGCAGCACGCUGUUCACCAUGGACAUCUGGACCCGCAUCCGACCACAGGCCACAGAGCGUGAGCUCAUAAUUGUCGGCAGAGUCUGGGUUCUCUGCAUCGUGGCCGUCAGCAUCUGUUGGAUCCCCGUCGUCCAGGCGGCUCAGAGCGGUCAGCUGUUUGAUUACAUCCAGUCCAUUUCAAGCUAUCUGGCCCCGCCCAUAGCUGCAGUCUUCCUCCUGGCUGUAUUCAUCAAGAGGAUCAAUGAGACAGGUGCGUUCUGGGGACUGAUAGGCGGCCUGCUCAUGGGUCUGUGUCGGAUGGUGCCUGAGUUCUGGUUUGGGACCGGCAGCUGUAUUUUCCCCUCCAACUGCCCUGUGCUCAUUUGUGGGGUCCAUUACCUUUACUUUGCCAUCAUACUCUUCUUCUGUACCUCAGUGCUGGUACUGGUGGUGAGCUACUGCACCCAGCCGACAGACGAUCAACAUCUCCAUCGCCUGGUGUUCAGCCUGCGUCAUUCCAAAGAGGAGAGAAAGGAUUUGGACUGGGAUCAGCAGGAAAAAGAAAGGAUAGCCCGGAGAGAGGCUGAGUCCAGGAUGAGGGAGAAGAACACCAGUGAAGUGGCUGAAGAGGACAAUAAGGAUGGCUUCUGUGGUGGGCUUGGUCGGGUCUGUGGCGGGAACCAGGUUCAAGAGCAGGACACACCUGAGGAACCGGAGAAGCUGCCUGACAUCAGCGAAGACCGGUGUGGAAGAACACUGCGGAUGUUAACGCCCUCAUUAUGAUGGCUGUGGCAUG